UUGUUUAUAUUGCAAAACAUUCGAUUUUGAAAACAAUAGAACCAAUCAGACUAUAAUUUACUCAAUUGAAAAGUAUUUUUGUGAUAAGAACUCAAAUAUCACCGCGGCUCAUUUCUCGCCUCGGUAUUUCUUCGUUAUUUUAACAAGAAAAAGCUGAGUAAAUACACACGUAUAUAUUCCCGGCGUUUUGUGUUUUCUGCGUUUUAUAUUUAUAUUUGCAAUAAUGUAUUUGGUAAGCAGCAGAGUCAAUACUUUGUGGAUAUAUGCUCGUUGGCUAUGGCGAUAAGCUCUAAGUCGCUGAGCCAGUGGCUUGAGAAAGAAUUUAGUAGUCUUAAAUGACUUUACUAUGCAUUUAAACAGCGUUUUGAUGGCGCAUAACUCAUAAAAUAUUAAAUAUAUUUGUGUGCCCAACUCGAAUUCAAUUGAAAACUUUCGUCAAAAGAUAUUAGCAAGAAAAAAAGAAAAAAAUCAGCUAUUGUUCUUAAAAUGAGUUUUUGGUGGCCUUUCAAAAGCAGAUAUUUGCCAUUAACAUUUGCAAAGCGUACAUUUCUCUUAAUCGCUUUCGUUGGAGGAUUAAUCCUUGUUUGGUAUUUGGGCUGUCAUUCGCAUCAUGCCUGUACAACGGAGAGUGAACCAUCAGCGGCUGAGAGUGUACCGUGUGUGGUACUAUGGUGGACUGAUUUAGGGCCGGGAGAAAAUUAUAUAGAUCAAAUUCUUUGUGGUUACAAUACAUGUCUUACAACAACUAACCGGAAAUACUUUUCGCAAGCUAAGGUGAUAAUGUUCUACGCCAGCUCGUUAGCAUGGAAUGACCUACCGUUACCACGACUGCCCGGUCAAAUUUGGGCCUUAUUACAUGAAGAAUCACCACGCAAUGUACCGGAAUUUCUGUUUGAAGAAGUUAUACAACAUUUUAAUUACACAUCGACUUUUAGUCGCUACAGCGAUUUUCCCUUGACGACAAAUUCUUUAACUAACAUAUCCGAGAUUACCAAUCCGCAGUAUGUGGUAACUUUAGGCCAGAAAAAUGCUGCGCGUGCUUCAUUAGCGCCCAUACUCUUUCUACAAUCGGAUUGUUCAACAAUGUCGGCGCGUACAAAUUAUGUAGAAGAGUUGAUGAAACAUAUACCGGUUGACUCAUAUGGACAGUGUUUGAAAAAUCGUGACAUGCCGGAGAGCUUACAACAGAACUAUCUCAAUCGCUUACAUUCAAACGAUAUUUAUAAAUUCAUCGGACAGUAUAAGUUCAUGAUCAGUAUUGAGAAUGGCGUUUGUGAAGAUUAUAUAACCGAAAAGUUUUGGCGACCAUUGAUUGCCGGCACUGUGCCCAUUUACUUUGGCUCACCAUCGAUACGUGAUUGGGAGCCGCACAAUCAUUCUACCAUCCACGUCACGGACUACAAAAAUCCCAAAGAAUUAGCCAAAUAUAUCAUGGAAUUGGAUAAAAAUGAUAAUGAAUAUAUCAAAUAUUUACAUCAUAAAUAUAAUCAAAUUGAGCCAGUGACAAAUCAACGCUUACUGGAGUCAUCCUAUGUGCGCGCCGACAGUAUAAUGUUUUUCACAAAUUUUGCCUGCCAGGUAUUGCAAGCGAUGUGGGCGCAAACCCCAAAGGGGAAAAUGGCUAAUCGUUUGCAUUAUAAUUGUCCACUACCAUUCACAUAUCCACCCAUGGAGAGUGAACCGACAGAAAUACGCAAUUGGGAUGAGCUUAUGAAGAGAUCCGCUUGUGUGGCGAAAACCAUUGAUGAAUUAUUGCAUCGCAAUCGCAGAUUUACGCCACAAGAAAUGGCCGACAUGGCCGAUGUGAGAAUGAAAAAUGAAUUGUGCUAAUAAAAUGCGCGGUGCUGGUGCGGCCCGAAGGCACAUGCAUACAUACACACAUAAUAGCCAAAUCUAUAAUACUAAAGAUUACAUUGUCACUUUUGAAGUGCAGUAAAUGAAAAACUUUGAGUUUUGUACAUAAUUAUUAAAUAUAAACUAAA